AUGGCUGUGACCAUCACCUCCACACCCCACCCCACCACCCUCCCCAACGAGACAUGGCGUUGUGAACCAACGCCUGUGGACUUUCUCCAGAGAAUAAACAGCAAACAAGAGCAGGCUUCUCCACACCGAGCUGCGUGCCCGAAGAAAUGCCAGCCUGAGCUCUGCCCAUCAUCUCACCUGCUGCAGCGGUGCCCGGCAGGUCGGGCCAAGGACUCCUGCGGGUGCUGCUGGGAGUGUGGGAACGCCGAGGGUCAAUUUUGCGAUGUUGACCCCUCCGCUGGUUUGUACGGGCGUUGUGCAGAGGGCCUGAAGUGCCGCGUCCCUCCCAAGCAGAAGUCCCACUUCCUGUCUGGAGAGGAGAGGAAAGAGGAAGUAGAGGAGGCGCCCAGGCCAGUCUGCGUGUGCGCCCGCCAGGACGUGCUGUGUGCCACUGAUGGGAAUACCUAUGAGAAUAAAUGCCAACUGCGCAGCGCCCAGCACAACAUGGCUCCCGGACAGGAUAAGCCCACCCUGGCACACUAUGGGCCGUGCCGAUCACGGCCAGUGAUCACGAUGGGACCACAGGACAGCCACGUCUUGGAGGGCAGCGAUGCGGUUUUUGUGUGUGAGGUCUCCUCCUUUCCCCUGGCCACCGUCCACUGGACCAAGGAUGGAGAGAACAUUUUGCUUCCUCCCACUGACCCCAACCUCGCUGCACAGGCUCGCAGAGGCCCCCAGCGCUUUGAACUGAGCGGCUGGCUCCAGAUCCAAGGGACGCGGGCGGCCGACGAGGGCGUAUACGCGUGCUGGGCCAGGAACGCCUUCGGAGAGACGUCUGCCUCGGCCAGAUUGCAGGUUCUAAGGAAAGGCUGGGCGAGUGACACAUUCGGCAUGAUGGACGAUGAGGAGGGCGAAGAUGACGAAGAUUAUGAUGAGGGACACUCUAGUGGACAUAUGUAUGUGUAA